GCGGCGGGCCGGGGAGGGGGGGAAGAUGCCGCUGGCGCAGCUGGCGGACCCGUGGCAGAAGAUGGCUGUGGAGAGCCCUUCCGACAGCGCUGAGGAUUAUAUCUUUAUCCUUGAAAUUUAAAAACAUUUACCAGGACAUGUCUUGGUGUUGAUGAUCUCUGUUGAACCUUCUCAGUCUGCAGUCUCAGGAUAAAUGAGGAGCUGAUUCUUAAUCCUGUCACAUUGGAAUUUAGGUUUCCAAUUUGGAGUUCUUUUUGGAAAAAAUAAUUAUGAAUGGACAGCAAAUUAUGGAUGAACCUAUGGGAGAGGAGGAGAUUAAUCCACAAACUGAAGAAGGCAGUAUCAAAGAAAUUGCAAUCACACAUCAUGUGAAGGAAGGACAUGAAAAGGCAGAUCCUUCCCAGUUUGAGCUUUUGAAAGUAUUAGGGCAAGGAUCAUUUGGAAAGGUUUUCUUAGUUAAAAAAAUCUCAGGCUCUGAUGCUAGACAGCUUUAUGCCAUGAAGGUAUUAAAGAAGGCCACACUGAAAGUUCGAGACCGUGUUCGGACAAAAAUGGAGCGUGAUAUCUUGGUAGAAGUCAAUCAUCCUUUCAUUGUCAAAUUGCAUUAUGCUUUUCAAACUGAAGGGAAGUUGUAUCUUAUUUUGGAUUUUCUCAGGGGAGGAGAUUUGUUUACACGCUUAUCCAAAGAGGUGAUGUUCACAGAAGAGGAUGUCAAAUUCUACUUGGCUGAACUUGCACUUGCUUUAGACCAUCUGCAUAGCCUGGGAAUAAUCUAUAGAGACUUAAAACCAGAAAACAUACUUCUUGAUGAAGAAGGUCACAUCAAGUUAACUGAUUUUGGCCUAAGUAAGGAGUCUAUUGACCAUGAGAAGAAAGCUUAUUCUUUUUGUGGAACUGUGGAAUAUAUGGCUCCAGAAGUAGUCAAUCGUAGAGGUCAUACUCAGAGUGCUGACUGGUGGUCUUUCGGUGUGUUGAUGUUUGAAAUGCUCACUGGUACACUACCUUUCCAAGGAAAAGAUCGUAAAGAAACAAUGACUAUGAUUCUUAAAGCCAAACUUGGGAUGCCACAGUUUCUGAGUCCUGAAGCCCAGAGUCUUUUACGAAUGCUUUUCAAACGGAAUCCUGCAAACAGAUUAGGUGCUGGACCAGAUGGAGUUGAAGAAAUUAAAAGACAUUCAUUUUUCUCAACAAUAGACUGGAAUAAACUUUAUAGAAGAGAAAUUCACCCACCUUUUAAGCCUGCAACUGGCAGGCCUGAAGAUACAUUUUAUUUUGAUCCUGAGUUUACGGCAAAAACUCCCAAAGAUUCACCUGGCAUUCCACCUAGUGCUAAUGCACAUCAGCUUUUUCGGGGGUUUAGUUUUGUUGCUAUUACCUCAGAUGAUGAAAGCCAAGCUAUGCAGACAGUUGGUGUGCAUUCAAUUGUUCAGCAAUUACACAGGAACAGUAUUCAAUUUACUGAUGGAUAUGAAGUAAAAGAGGAUAUUGGCGUUGGCUCAUACUCCAUUUGUAAGAGAUGUAUACAUAAAGCCACAAACAUGGAGUUUGCGGUGAAGAUUAUUGAUAAAAGCAAGAGAGAUCCAACAGAAGAGAUUGAAAUUCUUCUUCGUUAUGGACAGCAUCCAAACAUCAUUACUCUAAAGGAUGUAUAUGAUGAUGGAAAAUAUGUGUAUGUAGUAACAGAACUUAUGAAAGGAGGCGAAUUGCUGGAUAAAAUUCUUAGACAAAAGUUUUUCUCAGAGCGAGAGGCCAGUGCUGUCCUGUUUACUAUAACCAAAACUGUUGAGUAUCUUCAUGCACAAGGGGUGGUUCACAGAGACUUGAAGCCUAGCAACAUUCUUUAUGUGGAUGAAUCUGGUAAUCCAGAAUCUAUUCGAAUUUGUGAUUUCGGCUUUGCAAAACAGCUGAGAGCGGAAAAUGGUCUUCUCAUGACUCCUUGUUAUACUGCAAAUUUUGUUGCACCAGAGGUUUUGAAACGACAAGGUUAUGAUGCUGCCUGUGAUAUAUGGAGUCUUGGUGUCCUCCUUUAUACAAUGCUUACUGGUUACACUCCAUUUGCAAAUGGUCCUGAUGAUACUCCAGAGGAAAUAUUGGCACGGAUAGGUAGCGGAAAAUUCUCACUCAGUGGUGGUUACUGGAAUUCCGUUUCAGAUACAGCAAAGGACCUGGUAUCAAAGAUGCUUCAUGUAGAUCCUCAUCAGAGACUGACUGCUGCUCUUGUGCUCAGACAUCCUUGGAUUGUCCAUUGGGACCAAUUGCCACAAUACCAACUAAACAGACAGGAUGCACCACAUCUCGUAAAGGGUGCCAUGGCAGCUACAUACUCUGCUUUAAAUCGCAAUCAGUCACCAGUUUUGGAACCAGUAGGCCGCUCUACUCUUGCUCAGCGGAGGGGUAUUAAAAAAAUCACCUCAACAGCCCUGUGAAGUGACCUCAGUGAGAUAUUUGGUACCAUGAUGUAAGCUGAUAGCACAAGUUCUGGCGACAGGUAGCACAUACCUGAGAGACACCUGCAAGCACACACUGUCCCAGCUGGUACCCAUAAUGCUGCUGCUCCUGCUGUUCCUGCUUUCAUCUCUUCUCGCUUUAAUUGAUUCUUAGCAAGUUAGAUUUUCCUGGAGCUUCGAAAUGAAAAUGGAAACAUGAUGAAGAUAUAAUCACUGAAUCAACACGAAAAAUAAUGAACACAUGAAUACCACCUAAAAUACACUGAAUAAAAGUACUCUUCACCAUAUAGCAUUAUUUUUAUAGGAAAUAUUUCAUGUCCCCUAAAUAUUCUUUUGUUAGUUAUAGGGAUGGACAGUUUAUGUUAAGCACUUAGCUUAAACAAUCCGUUUAUAUUAGCACUGUAUCCCUUGUGCCAUCCAACAUUUUGUAUGUUUUUGUAAACAGUUCAUAUACAGUACAUUUCUGUACUGAUUUCUUUAAUGUAUACAUGCCUUGUUUAACUUGGAGUCUAUUAAUCAAUUGACUAUUAAAUCUGGAUAAAUAGUUCACCUGGAUUAACAGUAUUGUUGGGAAACCUUAAAGAUGGCCAGACUGAUUGAACAGCUGUUGAAUGUAAUUCUCUCAAAUUGUACAUAUCCUCCUCCAUCUGUUUCACUGGUUUGUUCAUUUGUUUCUUCAAGUCAGGUGCUCUGUCAGACUAACCUAAAGAGCUGUUAAUGGUAGAGAAAGUUGUUGUGUGUGUGGCAUGAAAUCAAGAAUACACCUAUGAAGUUAAUCCAUAUACUUUGUGAUUUCUUAGGGUUUCCUUUCCUUAAUUAAGGAAGUAAUCCUUGAACUUUUAACCUUACAUAGUGCUCAUACUUAGUAUUUGGCAUAUCAUUUGAAAUCUUGCCAACAUACAUCAAAGGCCUUUAAAAAAUCAUAUUAAAGAAAUUGGAAAAAGAAAAUUUAGCAAUUGAUAAUUAAAGCCUUACUGGAUAUUUCAUGUUUAAAUAGGUAUUCUAUAUUAAACACUAAUUUGAAUGUAAUAAAGGCCACAGGCCUCCAUAUGAAAUUGGAUUUAAACUUUAUUAUUCUAGAGAAUAAAAUAUUCUUGGCCAAACAGUAUCUGUUCUAACCUGAAGUCAUAGCUGAGGCAGGCUCAAUGACUGAUCAGCACUGACUGUUUUCUGAAUCCCUGCUGAUGGUUUAUAGCCAUAUGAUGUUUCCUUUGACUUCAGUAGUGACCAGUUUUCAUAAUGGCCCCUGGCUCUGCUUCAUGUGCUUCAGGAUCUACAUCUAACUUGCUGGUUUCCAAUUUUAUUUGACAAAAGAAACUUCUAUACCCAUCAUUACCCAUAUCUUUGUCACACUACCCAGUGUACGUUAAUAUGUGUUGUAAAAAACAUGAGCAAAGAAAAAAGUGAUUUAGCUUACCUCAUCAGGAAUGUGCCCCAGUAGAUGUGAGUCACUUACUGAGCUGCGUACAUCAGAAAUCUUCUCACUUAGAGUACUAGCCCAAGAGUGUGGUUUUUGCAGUUCAUAAAAGACACUUGUCAUUCCUUAUCUUCUCUGCUACUAAAGAGAAAGAGAAAAUCUCCAACACCACCUUUGCCCAAGCAACAUGAAAUGAUGAUUGCAUAGAAACCAAAUGUAGGGUUAUCUUCUAAAUAAAAAGUACACAUUAGGAGGAUGCCAGAAGUUCUACAUACCAACUACUGAAGUUCUUGAGUAUAUGGAUGCUAACUAUUCAAAGUUGCUUUCCAUUGCCUGGCAAGAAAGCCUUUGCCCCCCCCCCCUCUUCUAUUCAGUGUGUCAGAUUCUCCCAUUUAUCCUGUCUCUCAUUUAGUUUUUCCUUAUAGCACCAUGCUGCCUUUCUUUCAUAUUAUCACCAAAAGGAGCUAAAGUCAAAAUUAUGUAAUUUUAGGGCAGUCCUAUACUAUAUUAUGAUGCCAAAUUUAUUUCCUUUAAGAAUUGCCUUCCUUAUCUAGUCAAACUGCUAGUUUUAUUGGAGAAAUGAAGAUUUCCCCAAUAGAUUCACAAAACUGAAGGCUUCCUACUGACAAAACAGGUUAGGAGCAUAAAUUACUUCUUCUGUGGCUCUAGUGUUCACAUUGUCUUAGGGCAAACAUGGCCGACAAUGUAGUGCUUGUGCUGGGUUAGCCUUUCCAUUUAUUUCACAAAGUCUAUUUCCUAUAGGCCACUGUACUUACGGGAUUAAGGCUCCUGAAGUCUUCUGCCUUUCACCCAUUGCUGCCAGUUUUGGGGGCUUAUCCCAGAGUUGUCAGCUCUGCUUUUAUGUUUCACUGAAAAAGGAACUAAACUGACAGGACUCUUUUUACAGACAUCUCUUGGUUUAUGAUGCAAAAUAACAUCCCAAGCAAUAGAAAUGUGUUUAACAUAGCCAAGCAUAUACUGGAAACUAUGAAUUAAAAUAUGAUGUGUUUUGCAUCUUCCCUUUCAAGUGAUGAUAUUAAAUUAAGGUAAGUUUUUUGUUAUUUUUUGUUUUGUUUUGCUUUUUAUGAAUCAUUUCAGCUCCUUCUGUUUAAAAAGGUAUCUUCUAAGUGCAUUAAUGCCUUGAAUUUAACAGAUGUAAUGUAAAUCUGUUUUUAACAAGCAACUCCAAAACUCUAAAAAUAAUUUUGGCAAGCCCCAAAGUCAAGAUGCUGUGAAGCUGGCAUACAGAAGAGUAAGUUCUGAGUGUCUAGAGAGAGGAUGUAGGGUAUGUGUGGUAGUUUCCACAUUUCACAUGCAUUACUCUCCAAAGGACAGGUUGGGAGGAUCAGCCAUUUUCCAUCUGUUCUUUAGACAUGGCUUCUGUUGGGAUCAGAAGACAUCAAGAGAAGUGGGGGUGUCCUUAAAGCUGUGCCCAUACCCUCAGUCCAAGAAGGAUUGGAACAGAGAGUAGGUGCAGAGGCUUCAAGAAAAGGCAUGUAUUUGAUAGGAAAAGGACCAGAGUAGACUCAUCCUGGGAUGAUAGUUAGCCAAAGGCUUUCUAGACUUCAGGACCUUGGUAUAGUUGUUCUUAUUCACUGUGGAAGCCAGUAAUACACAUCUCAACAUGACUUCGAUAGUCUCCAGUCCCUGGCUUUUAUGAAUUACCUACAAUAUUUCAGGUUUUUCUGUAUUUUAUAAGUCCUUAGUGUGGUGAUGAGAAUUUGAGACUUGUGAAAGUACUCAGCUCUGGAACAUAAAGGAUCAAAAAAGGUCUAUUUUCUGUGACUCACAAAAACAAUGGAUUCCAUGGCUGAUCUUGGUGCUUAAACCAGGAGGGUCCAGUCUAACUCUAUCUGUCCCUCUGCAAGAUCCAACUCCAUGUGACUAAACUGGAUGUAUACUUUGAGCCUUAUUUAAUUCACAGAGAAGUUGACUUAAUUCAGUGUUUUUAUUUCAAUUAAUGAAAAUAGUCCUCUUUUCAACCCCAGGUUGCUUACAUUUUGCUGAUCUCCCCCAAGUGACCAUUGGUGGAGACCAAUUAAUGAAGGAAUGAAUUCAGUUUCUUGAGACUGUGGUAUUCUCCAGAGCCACACUUAACCACUUUUUCCACUGAAGAAUCUACACAGUGAUAAUGCCCAAAUAUGGAUGGCCAAGAAGAAUUUGUAUCUACAGUGUGCUUUGUGUGUUUUUGACACUGCUGUAUUCUGUGUUGCCAAGUGACUUGUAACUAGUUCCAAAGUGACAGUUCUCAAAAAUUCUAGUAAUUAAGUCAACUUAAUUUUCGUAAACCUGGUGUCAUUAUAGGUCUCACAUUUACCACUUUUUGUCAGUCUUUUACCUGUUCAUAAUGGGCAUAGCAAGGGUUGGGAUGAGAGCCUACUUUCCUACCUCUUAAGGCACUUUCCUCAUUGUUUUGCCAUAUACCUUGAACUGCAUGAUAAACUGUUGAAAUAUCAUGACUUUUCCCAGAGCAACUAGCAAGGUGUAUGAUGUUUUGACUAGAUAUUAGUGGAAAGGAAAACUUAGAGAUUUAAGUCCAGAUAUAUGAACCUCAAGAAAAUGUCUUCUAGCACAUACCAUUUAAGUACAGUAUAUGGAAAUGUAUUUGAGAAGAGAGUCACUAUAAUAGUUCUCUCUAAGUAGAUUAGUUCAAUGUCCAAUGAAAGUGAACAUCUUUAUUCCUAUAUUACUAUCGUACUGGAUGAACUGUAUACUGAGUUUUUCAAACAAGUAUUUAAAGUAGAACAUUUAAGUACAAAGCAAGGGCAUGAGGAUAAAGACUUGGGUUGUGUUUCUGUAAGUGUAGUUUACCAUAUAAAGCUUUGUUUUUUAAUUUAAAAAAGGUUUCAAAGUAUUGUCAUUCAUUAGCCUACUUAAUGAUUAUGAGUGAUGAGUGUAUAACUCAAAAUCAUAUACAUGUAUUAGUUUAUCUUAACUUUUUCCCUAAAUAAAAAGGGAAGGUAUACACCUAAAAGAUGUAAUUAUUUUGCAUUUUUGGCCAUGGGUGGGAAUGGGGUGGGUAUCUACUUAAGCAGUUUUUAAAAAAGAAAAAAAAUCACAAAUAUUUUUCUACUGUUAUAUAUGAUCUUACUUUAUACUAGUUUAUCUCUAGUAAGGCAUGCCAGAAGCUCAAGCAAGGUACCAUAUCAAGGGUUCUAAUGUGUUGUACCUUUUAUUGGUGGGUAAAUAGCAUAGAUGCUUGGCACGGCUGCCAUAGUUAUGAACUGCUUGUAAGGAUCAGAUUUCACUGAGUAUUUUAAGUUGUUUUACUUAAGAGUUCAAUCUGGGAAGUUUGCAAAUCAUACUAUUAAUGUGUAAUCUAAGCUCUUUCCAAUGUAUCCAUGAAUAAUCCUGGAACAAUAUUGCUUGUAUUCCUGUCAAAGAACAGGUUUUGUAAUCUUUAAAAGAAAUGGAAAUUUAUAUAAUAAAGUUUCAAGUAAACCAUG